AUGUGAGAGUACAAGGGAACUACAGCAGAGUCAGACAUGAACGGACACACACAAGAUAAGACAUGCUGUUGUCUAAAUGGAAUACACAACUCUUGACCGGACUAUGUAGUUCUUUAAUGGAAUACACUGGAAUGCAGGACUCCUUUGCAGAAUUCAUAACUAGUAACCGGAUAACACAACAACCGAGGACAUGCUACUUGCACCAUGGACUCUGAAUCUUUGGACCACUGCAUCCAGACUGCUCUGGCCUCCCUCUUCCCGCCAUUCCAGGCCACGUCUCCGACUGUCCUCGGUCAGGUCCUGAGUGUGGUGGAGAGCUGUUACCGCGGCGACGGCGUCCGCUACCUGAUCCACUUCCUGCUCCCUGCCAAGCACUUCCUGCAAAGACUUCAACAUGAUGCCUGUUCUCAGUUUGGUGGCCUGCUGUUUCGUCACGAGGGCUGGCCUCUAUGCCUCCAUGAGAAGAUAGUGGUUCAGCUCAGUCCUCUGGACCGCCACCUCUUACGCCCGGGAGACUUCUACCUGCAGCUCUCUCCUCCGGCCCAAGCCGCCGUCUCCAGCCCCCGGCUGCAGGUGUGCAGCGUGUCGGACGGCGGCCAUCAUGUGGUGCGACAGGAAGUGCCGGCGCUAAGCCCGCGGUCCGUCUUCAGCAUGGCCUGGCUGGACUCCGUCAACAGGGACAGGGAGCAGCGAGGGACGCCCAGACUGGAACGCUGCCUCCUGUCCGCUCAGGGAGACGUCUUCAGGGUCCCCUGGGAGGAUGUAGUCCAUCCACAGUUCAUCCACCGACCCCGGGCCGCCCCGGCCCUGGCCGGCGAGGAGUUCAGCAACCGGUCGCGUGAUCCUCCAGGACAGCGAGUCGAGCUACAAAUGGACCAAUCAGCUGCCUCCAGUGAGGGGGAGGAGUCUGAGGGCGAAUAUGUGGAGCUUACAGAACUUCAGCUACCUCGCUUCUCCCCACAAAAAGGUUCCUUGACACAAUCAAUCAGCCUGCAGCAUCAAGCCAGACGCAGCACACGUACACACACUACCAACACGGACACACACUCUCCGACAAGUGAUCACACACACAAACGCAACGCCAUAAGAGAUCACAAACACACUACCAACACGGACACACACUCUCCGACAAGUGAUCACACACACAAACGCAACGCCAUAAGAGAUCACAAACACACUACCGACACAACCACACACUCUCCGACAAGUGAUCACACACACAAGCACGAUGCCACAACUGAUCACAAAUACACUACCGACAGGACCACACACUCUCCGACAAGUGAUGACACACACAAACGUAACGCCACAAGUGAUCACAAACACACUACCGACACAACCACACACUCUCCGACAAGUGAUGACACACACAAAUGUAACGCCACAAGUGAUCACAAACACACUACCGACACAACCACACACUCUCCGACAAGUGAUGACACACACAAACGUAACGCCAUAAGUGAUCACAAACACACUACCGACACAACCGCACAGUCUUCGACAAGUGAUCACACACACAAACGCAACGCCAUAAGUGAUCACAAAAACACUACCGUCACGGACACACACUCUCCGACAAGUGAUCACACACACAAGCACGAUGCCACAACUGAUCACAAACACACUACCGACACAACCACACACUCUCCGACAAGUGAUCACACACACAAGCACGAUGCCACAACUGAUCACAAACACACUACCGACACAACCACACACUCUCCGACAAGUGAUGACACACACAAAUGUAACACCACAAGUGAUCACAAACACAAACGUAACACCACAAGUGAUCACAAACACACUACCGACACAACCACACACUCUCCGACAAGUGAUGACACACACAAACGUAACGCCACAAGUGAUCACAAACACACUACCGUCACAGACACACACUCUCCGACAAGUGAUCACACACACAAACGUAACGCCACAAGUGAUCACAAACACACUACCGACACAACCACACACUGUUCGACAAGUGAUCACACACACAAGCACGAUGCCACAACUGAUCACAAACACACUACCGACACAGACACACACUCUCCGACAAGUGAUCACACACACAAACGCGAUGCCGCAAGUGAUCACACACACAAACACAAUGCCAGAAGUGAUCGCACACACACUGCCGACACAAACACACACACUCUUGCACGUGAUUUCACACACACUGCUAUUGUCGGUCACACGAACACACAUUCACAUACAAGUGAUCAAGCAAACACACACACUGCUGAAAGUGGUCCAAGAAACAAACACACUCCAUACACGGCUCCAAUGAGUCAGAAAAACACACAUUCUCCUACAAGUGAUCACACAAACGCACACAUUGUGGACACGCACGUGGUCACCAGUGGUCACACAAACACGCACAUUGAUACAAAUGAUCACACAAACACACCUUCUCCUACAAGUGAUCACACUUACACACACACUGCGACAAGUGGACGUACACACACUGCUGACACAAACAAACCCAUUGGUACAAGUGAUCACACAAACACACACAUUGCGGACACAAACAAACACAGUUCUACAAAUGAUCACGCAAACACACACACUGCUACAAGUGACCAAACUUACACAAACACUGCUACAAGUGGACGUACACACACUGCUGACACACACAAAGGUAUUGGUACAAGUGAUCACACAAAUACACACACUGCUACAAGUGGACGUACACACACUGCUGACACAAACACACACAUUAAUACAAAUGAUCACACAAACACACACAUUGCGGACACAAACAAAAACAUUGCUACAAGUGAUCACGCAAACACUGCUACAUGUGGACGCACACACAUUGCUGACACAAACACACACCUUAAUACAAAUGAUCGCACAAAUACACCUUCUCCUAUAAGUGAUCACACUUACACGCACACUGCGACAAGUGGACAUACACACACUGCUGACACAAACAAACACAUUGUUACGAGUGCUCACACAAACACACACACUGCUACAAGUGGACGUAUACACACUGCUGACACAAACAAACACAUUGCUGCAAGUGAUCACACAAACACACACACAGCGGACACAAACAAACACAUUGCUGCAAGUGAUCACGCAAAAACACACAGUGCUACAAGUGGACGUACACACAUUGCUGACACAAACACACACAUUAAUACAAAUGAUCACACAAACACACACACUGCGACAAGUGGACGUUCACACACUGCGGACACAAACAAACACGUUGCUGCAAGUGAUCACGCAAACACAAACACUGCUACAAGUGGAUGUACACAAAUUGCUGACACAAACACACACAUGAAUACAAAUGAUCACACAAACACACUUUCUCCUAUAAGUGAUCACACCUACACACACACUGCGACAAGUGGACGGACACACAUUGCUGACGCAAACAAACACAUUGCUGCAAGUGAUCACACAAACACACACACUGCUACAAGUGGACGUACACACAUUGCUGACACAAACACACACAAUACAAAUGAUCACACAAACACACACACCGCGACAAGUGGACGUUCACACACUGCGGACACAAACAAACACGUUGCUGCAAGUGAUCACGCAAACACACACACUGCUACAAGUGAUCACACUUACACAAACACUGCUACAAGUGGAUGUACACAAAUUGCUGACACAAACACACACAUGAAUACAAAUGAUCACACAAACACACUUUCUCCUAUAAGUGAUCCCACCUACACACACACUGCGACAAGUGGACGGACACGCAUUGCUGACGCAAACAAACACAUUGCUGCAAGUGAUCACACAAACACACACACUGCUACAAGUGGACGUACACACAUUGCUGACACAAACACACACAUUAAUACAAAUGAUCACACAAACACACACACUGCGACAAGUGGACGUUCACACACUGCGGACACAAACAAACACGUUGCUGCAAGUGAUCACGCAAACACACACACUGCUACAAGUGAUCACACUUACACAAACACUGCUACAAGUGGAUGUACACAAAUUGCUGACACAAACACACACAUGAAUACAAAUGAUCACACAAACACACUUUCUCCUAUAAGUGAUCACACAAACACACACACUGCUACAAGUGGACGGACACGCAUUGCUGACGCAAACAAACACAUUGCUGCAAGUGAUCACACAAACACACACACUGCUACAAGUGGACGUACACACAUUGCUGACACAAACAAACACAUUACUGCAAGUGAUCACACAAACACACCUUCUCUUACAAGUGAGCACACUUACACAAACACUGCUAUGGGCGAUCACACAAAUGCACACUAUUCUACAGGUGGUCACACAAACACACACACUCCUACCACUGAUCGCACAAACGCAGCUUCUCCUCCAAGUGAUCACACUUGCAUAAAUACACACUAUUCUUCUGGUGAUCACACACACGCUGCUAAAAGUGGACAUAAACACACUGCUGACACAAACAAGUGCAUUGCUGCAAGUGAUCACACGCACUCAUCCUCCCUGCCGGGGGUUCAAGCCUCCAGCUGUCAAUCACAGGAUGCGACCCCUAAUCGCCAUCCAAACACGGACGCGCCAACUGAAAGGCGUGGCGAGGGCAGAGAGGCGGAAGCUCAAAUGUCAGUUGAUGCUGGUAAAGAAGAGCGAGAAGAAUGUUUCGUGGCUGCCGGGAAGGAGGAGGAGAAGGUCCCAGAAAGAGAGGAGAGACAAGAUGGAGAUGGAGCAGUAAUGGUGGAGCUGGAAGAGGAAGUUGAGCUCAUAAUAGUGCAGCACAAUCAAGAAGGAAAGCAGGAAGUCAAAGGAGGAGAACAAGAUGAGGCGCGGACAGCGAGUGGAUCAAUGUUCUCACCUGAGGAAACACUUGAUGAACACAUAACUGGACAGCCCGUACCCGCUAAGGACUCUUAUUCUGAAAAGCUCACAGAACACAUACCCGCUAAGGACUCUUGUUGUGAAAAGACGGAGCAAACACACGCUAAGGAAAACAUUACUGAACCCACGCACACUGAACAUUCUUAUUCAGAAAAGAAUAUACCACACAUGUACCCUAAGCACUCUUAUUGUGAAAAGCCAACAGAGCACAUAAUCACGGGGGGCUCUUAUUCUGAAAAGCUUCCAGAACCCCCCCACAACGAGGACUCCGACAGCUGUGCCGAACACACAAAUGUUGACGGCUCUUAUUCUGAAAUCCGUUCUUCGCCCAUCGCGGAAGGCGUGGCCACUGGAGACUCUUACACUGAAAAGCCUCAGCGCUCUUGUUGUGAAGGGCUCCCCAAACACACACAGAGUGAGGACUCUUAUUCGGAAGAUGCGACUUUAGUGUCAAACUUGAGCACGUCCCAGACGGUUUCCAUGACGACAGCACCAGUAUCUCCCCAACCUCAGCAACACCGAGAAGAGGUGGUGGAGGGCAUUAAUGCAGGUUUUCUGUCGACUCAUUCCAGUCCAGCAAAACCUCAAGAAACAUCCGACUUGUCGGUACCGGACGAGUCAGCUGUUCCCACAUCCCACAUCAAAGUCAGCCAGACCUCAGAGUCCUCCCACUCCUCUGGAUCCUCCAGCCUGGUUGGGUUCUCUGAGAGUUCAUCCUAUUCGUGUAGAUCCUUCCAGUCUGGCUUCAGCAGGUUGCUGUUAAAGUCUGGAGUUGUUUGUUUGCCUGGGAGCAGAAGUCGGGGCGGCCGCGCUCUGGUGACAGUGUCUGCCGGGGACGCGGUGUGGUCCAAACCGGAAUGUGACGGCUUUGAGUUGUUCCGCCUGCUGCGCUACUACACCUCCACGCUCAGCGACGGCGUGCUAGCUUUGAGUCUGACCGUGCUGGUGGACGCUCGGAAGGCCGCGCCUGCGCCCGCCCUCUUCUCUGCCCUCAGGUGCAUGCAGGAGGACGUCCCAGGCUCUGUCCACACUGUCUUACUGCUCGUCAACAAGGACACAUCUCUGCAAGUGGACAAAGCUGCAGGUCCACAGGUAGAGGUGUUAAACUCCCUCAAGGCUCUUCAGAAGCAUGUGGACCUUCAUCAGCUUCCUGUCCAGUUUGGAGGUUCUUUCUCCUUCAGUCACAGCAGUUGGCUGACCUUCAGAUUGAGAGUGGAGCAGCUGACCAAUCAGUGUAAAAAUGUCAUCUGCCUGCUGCAGAAGAACAUCAACAUCAUGGAGGCCACAGCCCUCCCUGCUGCCGCUGAGGAGGCUGAGCAGCUGUUGUCCACCUACAAAGACAUGAUGUGCACCAUCCUCCAAGACAGACAACUGGUCCAGCUGCAGCAAGAGGGCGGAGCCUCGUUGUCACGCCUGCGCAGGGACGAGGCAGGCGUCGGCGUGACGAAGGACUACGUGGCGGCUGUGGACGCGGUGUCCCGUUUGUACGAGCAAGUGGACGAGCUGCUCCACCGCCUGGUGACCUUGUCCAACAGCAGGAUUCAGGAGCUGCACUUCAUUGUGGACUUCAAGGGUCUGGAGGAGGGCUUUGCUGAGGUGAGCUCGUGGAUGGAGGAAGUGGGCGAGGUGCAACUCAAGAGUCUGAGCCAAUCAGAGGACUCGCUGGACGCUCUGAGCCAGAAACAGCUGGACUUCAAAGACUUCUACUCCUCCGCAUACGAUCGCUGUAAACAAGGCCAGGUGUUACUGAGUCGUCUGGAGCAUUGGGGACACGUCUCCUCAGCUGACCUCCACGUCUAUGCCGUUAAAGUUCGCGCCUUCUGGGCUCAGCUUCAAGACUUCUCCCAGCGGGUCAACGCCACCGGCCGCAACAUCGAUAAGGCUGUCCGAUUCUACCGCUUCCUGGACCAGGCGUACGGCUGGGCUAUCAAGGGGCGCCACCGUCUGGCCGGUAUCACCGUGGACAAGAGCAUGCUGCCGGAGCAAUGCCGGGCCGCGAUUGGCGCCCUGGAGGAAUACCGGCACCAGCAUCCGCCGAUCCCCGAGGCUCAAUUCCAGGAGAUGAAGGCGUUGGCGGGCGAGCUUGGGGACGAGCGAGGCGUGCGCCAGUGGAACUUUGCCUGGUCCAAGUGUCAGGAGGCCAAGUCCAUGUUCGACAGGAAGAUGGCCGAGGCGCUAUCGGCUCAAGAGUCCGCUCAAAUGCGGCACUCGGACUCCGCCGACAAUAUAAGUCCUACCUCUACAGAGACGGUCUCUAGUGAGACCGCCUCAAGUCCCCCCCAGGAGGACUCCAGUCCCUCCUCGGCCCCCGCCAGUCCUCAGCACACGCCCCUGCUCAAGCGUUUAUUCGGCAGCGAGGCGUCCUUCAACAGGCCCCGCCUCAACUCCUCCGCUUGCCACACCCCCUCCUUCUCCUUCUCCAGCAGACGACAGCUACUCAGGAAGACUCACAGUUUCGACUGUCCCGCCACCCCCGAGGCGACCCGCUACUACUGCCCCUCCCCGCGCACGCUCAGCGAGCCGGCACGCAGAGGCAACACGGGCGUCUUCAUCCGCGGUUUGGAGGUCAGCAGCACCGAGGCGACAGACCGCACCCUCUGUCCCCGGACCCCCGCUCCGGGCUGGGGGUCCCGCAACCCAGGGACACCGGGGAGGCUCCGAGGCUCUGAAACGCAACCCGCGGGAAGUAAACUCCGUCACAUCGUGGAGGAGAUGGUGACCACCGAGCGCGAAUACGUGCGCUCUCUCCGUUACAUCAUCCAGCACUACUUCCCCGAGAUGGACCGUGCCGACCUGCCUCAGGACCUGCGGGGGAAACGCUUCGUGGUCUUCGGGAACCUGGAGAAGCUUCUGGACUUCCACAGUCAGUUCUUCCUCAAAGAGCUGGAGGCCUGUUGGAAACAUCCGCUGCGAGUGUCCCAGUGCUUCCUCAGACACCAGGAACAGUUCAGUCUGUACGCUCUGUACAGCAAAAACAAGCCAAAGUCGGACGCCCUCCUGGCCAACCACGGACUCGCCUUCUUCAAGAGGAAGCAGCUGCAGCUGGCCGACAAGAUGGACUUGUCCUCCUACUUGUUGAAGCCCAUCCAGAGGAUGAGUAAAUACGCCCUGCUGCUCACCGACCUCAUCAAGGAGGUGGGCGCCACCCAGGAGGCGGAGCUCCACUCGCUGCAGUCGGCCACCGCCAUGGUCAAGUUCCAGCUCCGCCACGGCAACGACCUGCUGGCCAUGGACGCCAUCUGCAACUGCGACGUCAACCUGAAGGAGCAAGGCCAGCUGAUCCGCCAGGACGAGUUCACCGUGUGGAGCGGGAGGAGGAAAAGCCUGCGUCGCGUCUUCCUGUUCGAGGAGCUGCUCCUCCUGAGCAAGGCCAAGAAGAUGGAGGGCGGCCUCGACGUCUUCAUCUACAAGCAGUCCUUCAAGACGGCGGACCUGGGCCUGACCGAGUCGGCGGGAGACAACGGGCUGCGGUUUGAGAUCUGGUUCCGGAGGAGGACCACCAAGAACCAGGCGCUGACGCUGCAGGCCGCCGCCGCCGAGGUCAAGCACGCAUGGACCGGCGACAUCACCCGGAUCCUGUGGACGCAGGCCACCAGGAACAAAGAGGUGCGCCUGAAGGAGAUGGUGUCUAUGGGCGUCGGCAACAAACCUUUCCUGGACAUCCAGCCCAGCGCCGCCGCCAUCAGCGACCGCGCCGUGCACUACAUCACCAAGACCCGAGGAGCCAGAACGCGAGCGUCCAUCGCCGUGUCCGUCUUCGACCACGCCAACCCUUUCAAACGUGCAGCGGUGACCUCCGACCCCUCGUCGUCCAGCCUGCUGGGCUCACUCAACCUGCACGUCUUCAGGUACGAUGCGCCGGGCGGCGAGCAAGCUACCGCCGCCGCGUCGUCCUCCUUCGGCAGCAGCACCUCGUCGUCUGCGACGGGCGACGCCUCUUUCGUGGCGCCGUGCGUGGAGGAAGACGAGCAGGAGACCGCCAGUCAGCCCUCCAUGACCACGGAAAGUUCCGGCUCGUCCUCUCGCUGUCUCUCAGGAUCCACCGGCUCGGACUCCGGCUGUGUCUCCUCCAACCUCCACGAGGCGCUGCACGAGGAGCCCAGCGCCGCCUCUUCUUGCUCCUCCCACAAACGCGUCCCACCUGGGGCAGCAUCCGUCAUCGGACCAGCAACCAUGGUGUGACCUGCUCACCGACUCUCCUUGACCAAGAGGCGUCCCAACCACUUCCUGUCACCACCCCUCGUUCUCACGGCGACCACCAAUCAGCGUGCCGGCUCCCUCUGGUGGGGGAACAUCGACAGGUCCGUUUCUCUCCCACAAUUAAAGCUGGUCCCUGAACGCACCACUGUAUUGUACAUAAUGCUGCCACUUUUCUUACUUGAAAUUUCAACAACAUAAAAAAAGUUUGUUAGAAACUAA